AUGUAUUCGGAAUCAUUGUACUGCACUGAAAACUGCAAGAGAACCAGAUUCGAGGAACAACUCGCAGUGGAAUCGGUACAGGCACCAAGUCAUUAUAUGGCUACCUCAGGCGAAGAAUUGACUUUCGCCAAAGAUGGGACACUAGCCGAAAAAGAUGAGGACAAAACGGGGAUGGUGGCAUCACACUGUGCCUCAGUGUACACCCCAGACUUCAGCCCAUUGGCACAUUUACUGGACACUGACACUGCUCUGACCUGGACUCCAUUUACCAUCGGAAAGAUGACCCUGGAGCUGCGUCUACUAAAGGUUCACCAGUCACCUAGAUCUGAUUAUGUGCAUCCCGCUGAUCCUGAGGGAGCUGGUAAAUGA